UCCACGAUGCCGCUAUUAGCGCUGGGACAGCUGUUGGAGCAUAUUUGAGACUGGUACCACCCUAUUUCUUGCUUUAUAUCCCUCCCUCCCUUCUCCCCAACUGGUUCUACGGAUUUCAUUAUGCAGCUCACUGUCUUGAACUUGACCGAUGAUCCUAUGAUCUGUUCUUGGGACGACAAGCGCAAGGAUUGUGAUGAACACCUGGUAUUGGCUUCUCGAAUCCCACUGGAGGCAAAGGUGCCCAGCCGUUGUAGGAAAUUAGCGCUCUUCGGUCAGGCAGCUAUGAAGGACACAGAGGGAUGGUGCCCAGCUAUGAUUCGGUUCUCUAUGAGAACCGGAGCUACUUGGCAGCGUUUAGAGGUAGAGGACGACCAUCCUUGGUCCGUUUAUGCAGUCAAGAUCAGCAUAAAUCAUCGCAAACUGAUAAUCCUACCGAAGAGAAACGUCUCUGCAUUCCUCUCGGAUAUGCCUGACGCGUCUCCACUGUAUUCCUUGCUACUACCUGGCACGCAUGAUAGCAUGGCUUUCUAUGGAUGGCCUAUAUCCCAAUGCCAAUCCCCUUCUACCCCCCUCGCCGUCCAGCUCCAAUCCGGUAUCAGGGUCCUUGACAUCCGCCUCGCCGUCAUCAACUCCCGUCUUAUAGCCUACCACGACAUCUACCCCCAACGAACGCCCUUCGAAGACAUCCAACGCACCAUCCAUAAUUUCCUAACCGCCCCAGAAACCUGCCGAGAAACCAUCGUCAUGUUCAUGAAGCAAGAGGACUUUGCCACUACCAAGCCCAGCACGUUCUCGCGGACUGUGCACAAGGAAAUGUGGAGUGGUCCUGGAGGGAGAGAUAUGUGGUUUUUGAAGAACCGGGUGCCGACCCUUGGAGAGGUGAGAGGAAAGGUGGUGCUGAUUAGCCGGUUUGGGGGGAAUGGAGACGGGUGGGAAGGUGGUCUUGAAGGGUUGGGGAUUCAUCCUACUAACUGGCCAGAUAGCGCCAAGGAUGGCUUUACUUGGGAAUGUAAGGAUACCCACGUCCGUACGCAUGAUUGGUAUGCUAUACCCUCCUUUUUGUCUAUCCCAGAGAAGUUUGCACUAUCAACGGAGAUUUUGAUGUACCCUCCUGCCAAUGCCCAGCCUGAGAAGACGUUGUCUAUCACUUUCUUUUCUGCUGCGUCAUUCCCUCUCGCUACUCCGCCUGCCGUGGCGCAAGGGUUCGGUUGGCCGAGAUGGGGACUCGGUGUGGAGGGAGUCAACAGCAGAGUUGGGGCGUGGCUUUUGGAUCUGUUGAGCGGUAUGGACGUCGUCGAGUCUAAAGAUCUAUUCGGCUCCGAAGUAAGGCUUCGGGGUUGGGCGUUGAUGGAUUUUUAUUCUGACCCUGAACAUGCACUAGCUGACUUGUUGGUAGAAUGUAAUUACAGAGGACGUUGUGCCGGUGAGGAAGGGUGGUAGAUCAAUUUUUUGAGACUCAUCAUAUACGUAGAUAUGCGAUCUAUUCAUCAAGCUAACUUCUUGACUAAUAUAAAGAAAGCCACCAUACUGACGCGGUUUAUUGUUGGGCAUUCCACUAUCCGAACUGAUUGAACCACACAAACACUGGUUAAAAAUAUAAAGA